CAACAUAACACAAUGCCUCAAGAUUUACCGCCCUCGGGCGGCUACGAGCCCGUUCAAUACAGACGCAACCUACCCACCCGCGGCUUCCGACCAGCAUACUACUUCGUCGGCAUCGGGCUAGUCAUGGCCUAUGGCUGGCGGAACUUCUUCCUAGGCCAGCGCGAGAAGCACGAACUCGCCCGUGAGAAGAUGUGGGCGCGAAUUCACCUUAUUCCCGUCAUGCAAGCCGAGGAGGACCGCGAUCAAGUGCGAAGAUACUAUGCCGAUCUGGACCGAGAACAGAAGCUGCUGGGUAGUCAGAGCAAGCCGUACAACAGCGACAGAUUUGUCCGCCCGACAUAUACUGCCAUGCCUACGAGGACGACCGAAUAGACUCUGAUGGUCCACAUCAAAACCUGACAAUUUCUUUAGGUGAUGGCCAGAGCUAUUGAAAGGCUCACGGUUGCUGUUCAGCAAAAGAUAGAGAGCCAUGAUAAACAUGGAGUCGUAAGGCUCUGGGGAAAGCGUGACACAGGACCUGGGGAAGAAGGGUCAAAAUGUAUAUACUGGAAGAGUAUGACUAUGGUCAUGAUGGCCAGACCUGGCCAAUGUCAAAAGAAAAAGGCAGCAAGCAGGCACAAAAGUGGCCUCGAUGCAUGAACUAUGUGAAGUAACCAAGAUGCAAUCUAUCAUGCUGAAGACUGAAUGUCUCCUGCACGUCUUUGUCGCC